GAAGGAGAUAAACAAAAUUAUGUAAACUGGAUAAUUAUUUGAUCAAACGCUAUGCUUAUUGCUACAUUGCUAUUAUUUAUACUUACUAUAUUUAUACUUACUAUAUUUGUGUGCAAUUAUUAUGUGUAUUACGGAAAAAAUAGGCGACUUAUUAGUCUUAUACCAGGACCACCAGGUUACCCGAUUUUGGGAAACGCAUUUCUAUUAUUGGGUUCACGAGAAAAACAAUGGAACACUAUAGUUGGCAUUUUCAACCAAUAUUAUCCUAUUUUUAGAUUUCAGGCAUUGUUUGUAUCUGCUGUAAUUAUCUGUCAUCCGGAUGAUAUACAAACAAUAUUAAGCAACACGAAACACCUCGAAAAGAGUAUAUUGUAUGAUUUUUUUAAACCUUGGAUUGGUUCUGGUCUUAUCACUAGUAAAGCCAUCAAGUGGCAUUCACGGCGAAAGAUAUUAACUACCACAUUUCAUUUAGAUAUAUUGCAACAGUUCGUCGACGUUUUGAUUCAGGAAGGCGAAAAUAUGACAAAGUUCUUGAAAAAUUCAAAAGAUACAGUUGUAAAUGAUGUCGUAUCGUUUGUUAGUGAAUAUACUUUAAAUGCAAUAUGUGAAACCGCCAUGGGCACUUCUUUACGGGACCACGGGAGUUUCCAACAACAGUACCGAGAAGCGAUUUUCCGAAUAACCGAAAUUAUUACGUAUAGAUUAUCAAGGCCAUUGCUGUUCCCUGAUUGGAUAUUCUCAUUGACAUCAAAGGGCAAACAGCAAACAAGGAAUUUGGAAAUAUUACAUGCGUUUACUGAACAAAUUAUUGCUGGACGAAAACUUUACCAUGAACAGACUAAUGGACGAAACUUGAAAAACCUUAGUAAUGAUAUAUCAGCAGAAUUUGUCGCCGAAAAAAUUGGAACACAAAGAAAGCGACUUGCCAUGUUGGAUCUCCUAAUAGCGGCAUCUCGCGAAGGCCUUAUGACUGAAUCAGAUAUUAGGGAGGAAGUCGAUACUUUUACGUUUGCGGGCCAUGAUACUACAGCGACAGGUUUAAGUUUCCUAUUAGCACUAUUAGCGGAGCAUAAGGACAUUCAGGAUCGUGUCAGGAAUGAAAUUGAUUCCGCUAUGCAAGAGAAUGACGAGAAAAUUUCUAUGAAAUUGUUGCAACAACUGCCAUAUUUAGAAAGAUGUAUAAAAGAAGCGUUACGUUUGUAUCCCAGCGCACCUUUUAUAAUACGUGUUUCCGGAGAAGACGUAAAACUACAAUCAUAUUUAGUUCCUGCUGGGACAAAUAUAGUAAUCAAUAUUUAUGACGUUAAUAGAAAUCCCAAUUUUUGGCCAAAUUCAGAAGUAUUUGAUCCAGAUAGAUUUUUGCCUGAGAAGAACCGAAAUCGUCAUCCUUACUCGUUUAUAACAUUCAGUGCUGGACCACGUAACUGCAUCGGUCAACGAUUUGCUAUGUUAGAAAUGAAAAUAAUGACGGCUUUUUUGGUACACAAUUUUUACUUGGAGCCUAUUGAUUACUUAAAGAAUCUUUCCAUACAGUUUGAUUUUAUUCUUCGCUUGACUCAUCCUCUUCGUAUAAAAUUUAUCUCUCGACCACCAGGUUAUCCAAUUUUUGGAAACACAUUUCAAUUAAUGGGUUCACCAGCACAAAGAAAGCGACUUGCCAUGUUGGAUCUCCUAAUAGCUACAUCUCGCGAAGGUCUUAUGACUGAUUUAGAUAUUAGGGAAGAAGUCGAUACUUUUAUGUCUGCGGGCCAUGAUGCUACAGCGACAGGUUUAAGUUUUUUAUUAGCACUAUUAGCGGAGCACAAGGACAUUCAGGUCAUGAUAUUCGAAUCAUAUGUAGUUCCUGCUGGGAUAAAUAUACUAAUCCAUAUUUAUGGAGUUAAUAGAGAUCCCAAUUUCUGGCCAAAUCCAGAAGUAUUUGAUCCUGACAGAUUUUUGCCUGAGAGGGAUCGAAAUCGUCAUCCUUACUCGUAUAUAACAUUCAGUGCUGGACCACGUAAUUGUAUCGGUCAACGAUUUGCUAUGUUAGAACUCAAAGUAAUGGCAGCUUCUUUGUAUGGGAAAAAUGGGCGACUUUUUAAUCUUAUACCAGGACCACCAGGUUACCCGAUUUUUGGAAACGUAUUUCAAUUAUUGGGUUCACGAGAAAAACAAUGGAACGCUAUAGUUGGCAUUUCCAACCAAUAUUAUCCUAUUGUUAAACUUAGGAUAUUUUUUUUACAGGGUGUAAUAAUCCGUGAUCCGGAUGAUAUACAAACAAUCUUAAGCAACACGAAACACCUCGAAAAGAGUAUAUUGUAUGAUUUUUUUAAACCUUCGAUUGGUUCUGGUCUUAUCACUAGUAAAGAAACCGCUAUGGGCACUUCUUUACAGGACCACGGUGACUUCCAGAAACAGUACCGAGAAGCGAUUUUCCGAAUAACCGAAAUUAUUAUGUAUAGAAUGUUAAGGCCAUGGCUGCACUCUGAUUGGAUAUUCUCAUUGACGCCAAAGGGCAAACAGCAAGCAAGGAAUUUGAAGAUAUUACAUGGGUUUACUGAACAAAUUAUUGCUGAACGAAAACUUUACCAUGAACGGACUAAUGGACGAUACUUGAAAAACCUUAGUAAUGAUAUAUCAGCAGAAUUUGCCUCCGCAAAAAAUGGAACACAAAGAAAGCGACUUGCCAUGUUGGAUCUCCUAAUAGCUGCAUCUCGCGAAGGUCUUAUGACUGAUUUAGAUAUUAGGGAAGAAGUCGAUACUUUUAUGUCUGCGGGCCAUGAUACUACAGCGACAGGUUUAAGUUUCCUAUUAGGACUAUUAGCGGAGCAUAAGGACAUUCAGGAUCGUGUCAGGAAUGAAAUUGAUUCUGCUAUGCAAGAGAAUGAGGAGAAAAUUUCCAUGAAAUUGUUGCAACAACUGCCAUAUUUAGAAAGAUGUAUAAAAGAAGCGUUACGUUUGUAUCCCAGCGUACCUUUUAUAUCACGUGUUUCCGGAGAAGACGUAAAACUACAAUCAUAUUUAGUGCCUGCUGGAACAAUCUUGGCCAUUCAUAUUUUCGGCAUUAAUAGAGAUCCCAAUUUCUGGCCAAAUCCAGAAGUAUUUGAUCCUGACAGGUUUUUACCUGAGAAGGACCGAAAUCGUCAUCCUUACUCGUAUAUAACAUUCAGUGCUGGACCGCGUAAUUGUAUCGGUCAACGAUUUGCUAUGUUAGAACUCAAAGCAAUGGCAGCUUCUUUGGUACAUAAUUUUUACUUGGAGCCUGUUGAUUACUUAAAGAAUCUUUCUAUACAGUUGGAUAUUGUUCUUCGUUUGAGUCAUCCACUUCGUAUAAAAUUUGUCCCUCGUUUUCAGAAUUAA